AAAUUGAAAAAUUGGGGAAGUUGCGUAAGGACUCAGAAAUCAGAAUAAUUUUUAAGAGCGAUUGUCUAUUUUAUAUUCUUUUCGAUUCUCUUUCUGAUUCCCCUCUUCCUCAUUCUCGAAGAUUACCCAGUAGAAGUAGAACAACAUACAACUUCAUUGCUGUUAUGGAGAAAAUUAGAAGAGCAUCUCAUGCCGGUUCUUGGUACACCGACAAUUCUAAGAAACUCGCAGAGGAGCUUGAUGGAUGGUUGAGGGCUUCAGGCCUGUCUAAAUCCCCGGAUGUACGUGGUGUAAUUGCUCCGCAUGCUGGUUAUUCAUAUUCAGGACGUGCUGCUGCCUAUGCAUUUGGUAACAUCGAUCCAACAAACAUUUCUAGGAUCUUUCUUCUUGGUCCAUCUCACCACUAUUAUACACCAAAAUGUGCUCUUUCAACAGCCACUAUUUACCAGACUCCUGUGGGGGACCUUCCCAUUGAUUUGGAAGUCAUCGAGGAGCUAAAAGCUACAGGAAAAUUUGAAUUGAUGGAUAUGCAUGUUGAUGAAGCUGAACAUAGCAUGGAAAUGCACUUGCCAUAUCUUGCCAAAGUAUUUGAGGGGUAUUCAGUGAAAGUUGUACCCAUUUUAGUUGGUGCACUUUCGGAAGAUAGUGAAGCCAUGUAUGGACGCCUGCUUGCUAAAUAUGUGGAUGAUCCAAAAAAUUUCUUCUCUGUAUCCUCAGAUUUUUGUCACUGGGGGUCUCGGUUCAACUACAUGCAUUACGACAAGAAACAUGGGGCAAUAUACAAAUCUAUUGAAGCUCUGGACCAUAUGGGCAUGGAUAUAAUAGAAACAGGAGAUCCUGAAGCAUUCAAAAAGUACCUGCAGGAGUAUGACAACACCAUUUGUGGUCGUCACCCUAUUAGUGUAUUUCUUCAUAUGUUGAAGCACAACUCCACAAAAAUAAAGAUCAAAUUCCUUCGAUAUGAACAAUCAAGUCAAUGCAAAUUGAUGAGAGACAGCAGUGUGAGCUACGCAUCGGCUGCAGCCAAGGUGGAUGCUUGAAGCGCUGUGAAUUAUGGCAAUGAGGAAGAUCCGAUUAAAUUCAUGAGGAAGAUCCCAUUAAGUUAAUCUUCUCCAUUGGCUUUGCCUUUGCCUUAACCUCUAAUAUCAUGCAUUUUACUUAAAUUAUUUGGCAAGUCUUGUCGGUCGUCAUUCAACAACCUGCAUUGUUAGUGUGUUAUUCUACUUUUCGUUUCAUAUUCCUUAAAAUUUAUUCUUGGUUGGACUGGCCUGACCGUUGGCUAGAAUUGGGAAAUGUUUCAUGUGUGGCUGGCUUCCAAAAUGGAAGCCAUGAAAUUGAUGAACUAAUGGUUUCUGAUGAAAUUUCUCGUUUCUUAAUGCAAGUGAAAGAAAUAUGAAUGAUCUGUUUUUUAAGUA